UAGAGCAAAACUUUCUCUAGCAAAUCCUGAUUUCCCCCCAGAAACAUCUUCUGCCUCUCUGUAACUAGCUAGAUAGAUUUCUCCGUUGGGGUGGCCUCUGGUAAAUCGUUCACCAUUACUUCCAAAAGUGAAAACGAUUUUUUGACGCUGGCUGCGUCCAGAAUCAGCCGAAGGAAGCGAGUGAUUGGAGCGGCCAUUGGGGUGGCCAUGGUCUUAAUUCUGCUCAUCGCCAUCCCCUUGCUGGUCCAAAGCUCCAAGGCUUCAGCCCACUACGAGAUGCUAGGCAGCUGCAGAAUGGUCUGUGACCCUUACAGCCCAAAGCCGAGCUCCACGGCGGCAGAAGCCAUCCAGGAUCUGGCCGUGAUGUCCCCGCCACCCUUCAUCCACGGGAGCAAGGGCGACCAGGGACGCCGAGGUAAACCUGGACCCAGGGGACCUCCCGGAGAGCCCGGACCCCCAGGUCCAAGAGGUCCACCUGGAGAGUGGGGAGAUCUAGGCAAACCGGGUCCACCCGGGCCACCGGGAUCAGGGGCAGGCACAUUCAGCGCAGCUUUCCACAGCCCGAAGAUCGCCUUUUACGCCGGCCUCAAGAAACCGCACGAGGGCUACGAAAUUCUUAAGUUUGACGACGUUGUGACUAACGUUGGAAACCACUACGAGGCUUCUACGGGCAAGUUCACCUGCACGGUUCCCGGGAUCUACUUCUUUACCUAUCAUGUACUGAUGAGAGGAGGGGACGGUACCAGUAUGUGGGCUGACCUGUGCAAGAACGGCCAGGUACGAGCUAGCGCCAUUGCCCAGGAUGCUGACCAGAACUAUGACUACGCCAGCAACAGUGUCAUCUUGCAUCUGGAUGUUGGAGAUGAAGUCUACGUGAAGCUUGACGGAGGGAAAGUUCAUGGCGGCAAUAGCAACAAGUAUAGCACCUUUUCCGGUUUCAUCAUCUACCCAGACUGAGCAAAGGUGCCUUUGUGUCCUAUUGCAGACCAACCAGGGAGGAAUGUGUGUAGUGUCAAUCAGAAGGUUGAAUGGAGCACAGAAUUAGCAACCCACCCACCAACCCCUAAAUUUUCAAUAGAUAAAUGAAUAAUUAUUUUAUAAAUUUGUUUUAAACUUCACAAUCAGUAGAUUUUUUAAUUAAGUUAGCACUUAA